AUGGCCAAUUUUGAACUCUCAAAUGGUGGUGGUAAAACUGUAGCUCCCAAUAGGAGUCCCCUUAAUUUGAAUCAAAAUCAACAUCUGGAGCUGAACCUACCUUUAAAAACUCAGGUCUUACAACAGAAACAACAACAACAGCAGCAGCAGCAACAACAACAACAACAACAACAACAACAACAACAGCUGUUAAAACAAAAGAUCAACAUCCGGAAUUAUCACUUUGCAUCCACUACUGAAGAAAUACUACGGAAAUAUUCAAAAUAUCCAGCAUCAUUGAGUUUGCAUAUCUUCGACAACCACUACCGAUUCAAUAAUUCGCAAGAUUCUCAAAUUAUACCCAAAACAUCUCCAAUGAUUAAAAGCUUCAUGAACCAUGUGUUGAAGGAAGAGAUUCCAGUGGAAUUGAGCGAAUUAUUGAAGGACUUCUCGAUCAAAUCCUAUGAUGGUUGUCUCAUUUUGCAGGUCUAUGAUCAUCGAAAUAUGAUUGAAACAUCUACAUUCAGACCAAAUUCAUCUCCAUCGAAGGAUACAAAAAGUUCCCCAAUUAUUGUUUCGAAACCAAGAACCUAUAGGAUACUACUCAGGCCUUCGCCACUAUCGCUUUACUAUGAUUUAUUAUAUCAUACCGAUUCAGCAUUGACAAAAUUUACAGACACAUUGUCAUUGCAAAUGGAGUCCGAAAUUUUGGCUUUGACAAACAGGGAGUUGGAUCUUUCAGUGAAAGUUAAUCCUUAUCAGUAUGAUUACUUGAAGCCUGACGUGGAGGACGCAUCUGAAAUUGGUAAAGGAGAAGUCAACUUUUCUCACAGAACAGGCAUCAACGUUUUUCCUCGCAAAAUUCAUCAAGAUGAAAUGGUUUUGCAUAAAUCAUCCGAAUACGAAGAGUUAAUGUUAUUGUUGUCGAACAACAAUAGACGUUUUGAGGACACACAAGAGAAGAAGUUGGUGAUUGUACCCCCAGCAAUGCCAAGCACCUCCACCACUCUGUCCAUCACAACUCCGUCAACCAAAUCUAUAAGCAAAGAAAGCUCUGUUGGAGCUGACUCAAAGGGUAAAAAGAGUGAUAAAAUUCCAAGCUCAUCUACCAUCCCUACGACCGUUGCAAUAUCUCAGAAUCCCGUGAGAACCUCUGGUCAGUUUAUGCGUUUGAGAUUGAUUGAAGAAAUACGGAAAAAGAGGGAGAUUGAAAAGAACCAACAAGAGGCGAAAAUACAGGCGCAAGCAAAUUCUGUGCAAAGCGAUAUGGUGCCACAGUCUGGUGCUAUUCUUGCAGAGCCUUCGGUUGCAUCGGCAAACAAUGCAAACCAGCCUCUUGUUGAAACUCAAAUUGGUGACAAAAGGCAACAAUCCAUGUUAUCCCAAGCCGGCAAACGUGCUAGGAAGGAUAUGAAACAAAAUCAGUUAUCUGCCCCUAUUGCGUCUCCUGCUGGUACAGGUGGCACUGUUGGAUCUACAGGAUCUCAGAUACCUUUUAUGCCCUCAAACUCCAAUUCGCAAAUACUGUCGAUAAAUAAUACCCCCUUAAUGGCAAACCCAGUUCCGCCGUCGCAACCGAAUGCAAGCCAAAUGCCGACCCCGCAACAAAUACCAAUGGGGACGCCAAACUUGGGACAGGGUGUCUUACCACAACAAAAUGUACCUCGGCCGCCUUCCUCUAUGGUGCCUCACAAUAUACAGCCAUCACCCCAACCACAUUUGCAACACGCGCCGAACCAGCCUUCUUUGCAACAACAGCAACAUCAACAAAUUUUUCAGGGUUCAUUGACCCCGGAAGAGCAGCAAAUAUUUAAGCAAAUUCAACUGAAAAUGAAUGCAUUGGCAAUGAUGAGCCAAACAGGUGUUGCCCCCAAUGGUCAGCAAUUGACCCCUCAACAUAAACAGCAGGCAAUGCAGCAGGUUAAGGUUUUGCAACAACAAUUAUUGCAAAAAUUCCCUGUGUACUUUCAAAGAUUGAGGCAAUUUCAACUUUACCAGAAGCAGAAGCAAUUACAGCAGCAACGAGCAGGAGUGGCCGCCGGAACCAUUGGUGAUGGUGGUGGCGCUAAUAUGAAUAAUCAGUUCAAUAACAACUUACUACAGCCCCAGCAUCAGACUCAGCAACAGCAUUUCACGAAUCUGCUAACACAAGGUGUUGCACCACCCAUGGCAAAUCCUCAACCGGUAAAUGCCGUCUCAUCCGCUCAGUCCAGUGCACUAGAGCCUAAAAAGAAAAGAGUGUAUAAGAAGAAAGCAGCAAAAUGA